AAGCUUUUCCAUUACCCCUGGUAAAUCAUCGUCAUUGCCAAAUGAAGAGAGUUUUUCCCUACAGAAAGCAGAGAGCAGAGAGCAGAGAGCAGAGAGUUACAUCCAUCCAUCCUUGAUCGUUUUAUCUCUUCAUCAUUUAUCUCUUCACCAAACACCAACACUCAGUCAUAUCUAUAAUCUAACCAUCUCGAGGUAGAUUCUUUUUACUCUACAUGAUACCGAUACACCAUCUCAUGCAUUCACUAGCUACAAUACCGCCAUCGCCAUGCCCUUCUCUCUUGUCCUCGUUAUCGCUCUCGAUAUCGAUGUCAACAUCUUAUCAUCAUCUCUCGCCUUCUCUCACCAUCGGCGUCUGAUGUCCAAGGUGGCUGGUUCCAACGGAGCAUCGCCUCGUCCUUCAUUCCUUGUGCUUCUCACAUCCAAUUCCCCGAGAAGAAGGCGAUUGAUUUCCCGUAUUCAGUAUUCCGCUCGGGUACUCUUACACAAUCGAUCCCCUUUAUGGGCCGACAUUCCGCCACAUCUAGAAAGUUUCCAUCUUUUUUGGUCAUCAAAUGUGUCAAACCCAUUUUUCUCGCUCCACACACACACGAUUCCCAAUUAGUAUUGGUGUGAAAAGGCUGAUUCAGUCCGUUGCUUUCUCAGCUACCGAGACACCAAGGUUGGUUGUUCGGUUUCAUUUUACCCCACUAGGAAAUUAUUUACUUCGAGACCCAUUUACUCUUGACCUCUCUCGUCAUUGUAUAGUAUCGUCCCAAGCCUUUCAUUGGUGAAAAGAGUAAAAGACUGAAAGACUGAAAUUCAUUUGAUUGAUUGAUUGAUUGAUUGAUUGAAUUACCAGAAUAUUGAUUAUUGAAACUUAUCUUCAAAAUGUCUACAUACCCAGAACAACAACUUUACUAUGAUGGCAAAGUACAACAAGCAACCUCUAAAGAAACAUUUACCACAGUCAACCCCGCCACAGGAAAACCUCUAGCAACUGUACAAAAGGCAUCACCGUCAGAUAUUGAUUCCGCUGUGGCUUCGGCACAAAAAGCAUUUCCAUCAUGGUCACAGACACCACCAAUCAUCCGCUCCAGAAUCCUUCUCAAAGCCGUUCAGAUACUUCGCGAACGAAAUGAUGAAAUAGCCAAGGUGGAAACGCACGAUACAGGCAAAGCGUACUCGGAAACCAGCGCUGUCGAUGUCGUUACUGGAGCAGAUGUACUAGAAUACUUUGCAAAUCUAGUUGCAAGUGGAGGAAUGAAUGGAGAAACCACACAAUUAAGACCUGAUGCAUGGAUAUAUACUAAAAAGGAAGCUUUGGGGGUAUGCGCCGGGAUUGGAGCUUGGAAUUACCCUAUUCAAAUUGCAUUAUGGAAAUCAGCGCCUUGCUUAGCAGCCGGAAAUUGUAUGGUCUAUAAGCCAUCUGAAGUAACUCCAUUGCAUGGUCAAAUUCUCGCACAAGUGUAUGCAGAAGCUGGAAUCCCCCCGGGAGUUUUCAAUAUCGUACAUGGAGAUGGAUCAGUGGGAGGGUAUUUGACCACUCAUCCAGAUAUUGCCAAAGUAAGUUUUACAGGACAGGUCUCAACUGGUCAAAAGGUGGCUGCAGCAGCAGCUGGUGGCAUGAAAUAUGUUACCAUGGAGUUGGGCGGUAAAAGUCCUCUCAUUAUCCUACCAGAUACCGACCUUGAAAAUGCUGUUGAUGGAGCUAUGAUGGCCAACUUUUACUCCACCGGUCAAGUCUGCACAAACGGAACUAGAGUUUUUGUACACGAAAGUAUGAAAUCAGCAUUCGAAAAACGUCUUCUCGAAAAGAUGGAAUACAUUAGAGCCUUGGGGCCAAUGGAUGCCAACAGUAAUUUCGGGCCCCUCGUUUCGGAAAUUCAUCAAAAGAAAGUCCUCAACUAUAUCCAACAUGGAAUCGAAAACGAUAAAGCAAAACUCCUCUAUGGUGGUCCGGAAAAGCCAACCGACAUUCCCAGCGGCCACGAAUCAGGCUUUUGGGUUCGCCCUACCAUCUUCACAGAUUGUACGGAUGACAUGCUCAUCACCCGGGAAGAAAUAUUCGGUCCAGUCCUUUGCAUUCUUACCUAUUCCACCACAGAAGAAGUUAUUCGUCGCGCCAACGACACAAAGUUGGGAUUAGCAGCCGGUGUCUUUGGAAAGAAUAUAAACGAAUGUCAUGAAGUGAUUGGAAAGAUAGAAGCAGGUAUAACAUGGAUUAAUACAUGGGGAGAAAGUCCUGCCGAGAUGAGCGUAGGAGGUUGGAAGAUGAGUGGAGUGGGAGUGGAAAAUGGGAGAAGGGGAUUAAAUGCUUGGGUUAGGGAAAGGAGUACUUUGGUACAAAAUGGUGGAGGAGCGGUGGGAAGUGUUUUUUGUAAAUUGUAAGACGUGAGCCGGCUGCUUUGUGAUAUAUCCAUAUCGUAUUUGAGGGUUGGAGAAUGAGAAUGAAUUGAGUGGGAAGAAUAAAGGAACGAAAAGGAUAAGCUUGAUGAGUUUAAUGAGCUUAAAUUCUAGGCUAUUGAUUGAUUGGUACACACACAAAUCAAUAUCUAAUCUAUAUAAUAACAGGAUUUCUAGGAGAUAGGUAGAUAGGUAGUCAUAAAAUAAAUACUAUAUAUAUUAUACCUACUAGGUAGGUAUUGAAAGAAUCAAACAGAAACAAU